GAGGAGGAGGAGGAGGAGGGCAAAAGCUUGCAGGAGAAGGCAUCCGCAUCCGCAUCUGCCGCCGUCGGUGGGGGCGGAGACCGGAGCAUGGCGGAGGCGGAGGAGAAGCGGGUGGGGGUGGGGGAGGCGCGGGCGCCGCUCGCCGUGGAGGCGCUCCGGGGGAAGAUCGUGGAGAAGGUGAAGGGGAACCGCGUCACUCUCAUCGUGGGGGACACCGGAUGCGGAAAGAGUUCUAUGGUUCCACAGUUCCUCCUGGAAGAAAACAUGGAACCCAUUCUAUGCACGCAGCCAAGGAGGUUUGCAGUAGUAGCCAUUGCUCAAAUGAUUGCCGAAUCUCGCAAUUGUCAGGUAGGAGAAGAGGUCGGAUAUCACAUAGGACACUCGAAUGUGUCCAAUCUCAAUUCAAAAAGGUCAAGAAUUGUUUUCAAAACAGCUGGUGUUGUAUUGGAGCAAAUGCGUGACAAGGGCAUUGCUGCAUUGAACUAUAAGGUUAUUAUUCUCGAUGAAAUACAUGAAAGGUCAGUGGAAUCUGACCUUGUCCUCGCCUGUGUCAAGCAGUUUAUGAUGAAAAAGAAUGACUUGAGGUUGAUUUUGAUGUCUGCGACUGCUGAUAUCACAAGAUAUAAGGAUUACUUCAGAGAUCUUGGAAGGGGUGAAAGGGUUGAGGUGAUUGCCAUUCCUAGCAGUCCACGCAGUAGCAUUUUUCAGAGAAAAGUCCUAUACCUUGAGCAGAUUGUUGAUAUUCUCAAGAUGGACUCGGAAUCACUAUCAACAAAAUACUGCUCUGGACCCAACACUGCAGCUGAUGCUGGUCUAAAACCAGAUGUGUAUGAACUUAUUCAUAGGUUAUUGUUGCAUAUACACCAAAAUGAGCCAGACAUUGGGAAGAGUAUUUUGGUGUUCCUUCCUACAUACUAUGCUUUGGAGCAGCAAUGGAUUCGUCUGCUAUCUGCUAGUUCAAUGUUCAAAGUACACAUUCUCCAUCGCAGCAUUGACACCGAUGAAGCUCUUCAAACUAUGAAGGUCUCAAAGUCCUGUCGUAAGGUUAUACUGGCAACAAACAUUGCAGAAUCAUCAGUCACUAUUCCAGGAGUUGCUUAUGUUAUUGACUCCUGUAGAUCACUGCAAGUUUAUUGGGAUCCAAUCAGGAAAACAGACUCAGCUGAGCUUGUAUGGGUUUCCAAAUCUCAGGCUGAACAGCGGAAAGGCAGGACAGGGCGAACCUGUGAUGGUCAAAUUUAUCGCUUGGUAACUGGGCCAUUUUAUAACAGUUUAACUGAUCAUGAGUAUCCUGCCAUUUUAAGAUUGUCCUUAAGAGAGCAAGUACUCAUGAUUUGUUGUGCAGAGUCCAGAGCUAUGAACGAUCCUCAUGUCCUGCUGCAAAAAGUUCUUGACCCGCCAGAUUCGGAUGUUGUUGAAGAUGCAUUGGAAUCUCUUGUUCAAAUUCGUGCUUUAGAUAAGCCAACCUCUCCUAGAGGGCGCCAUGAGCCAACCUUUUAUGGAUGUUUGCUUAAUAGUUUGCCACUCUCAUUUGACGCUUCUGUUCUAGCCCUUAAAUUUGGUGAUACUGGCUCCAUCUGUGAAGGAAUUCUGAUAAGCAUCAUGCUGGACAUCCAACCCCUGCCUAUCGUCCAACCUUUUGGUCACCAACAAUUGUGCAAAAUGUAUAGAAACAAUUACUUUGAGGAGGAGGGUAUCGACCUGCAAACUGGCAAGAAGGAAGCUGCACUUGUUGGAAAUCUUUGUGCAUUUCAAUUCUGGCAGCGUAUGUUUAAGGACAAGUAUCGUCUGGAUUGUCUGAUAAAUGUGGUGAACACUCAUGAACCGAAGGCAUCUAAUGGUUUUGUUGCUAAACCUGAAGAUGAGUGGUGUGCAUUUCAUAACCUUGUGCCAACAGCACUUAACUACAUCUCUGAAAUUUAUGAUGAUAUUAUGGGCACACUUCACCGAUUUAGACCUAGUUUUCUUGUGAAAAUAAAUCCUCCAAUGUACCUUCAGCCUUCCGAAUUCCACCACAUGUGUCUUCGCCAUGAAGUGCUGGAACUAGAGAAUGUGAAUUCACUUCCAUUAGAAGCUGAGAAUUCUCACUUGGAUUCACAUCGCAGGUGUGCUGCAACCCCUUAUGUUUCUCCAGCUGAUUUUGGAACCACUACUGUUGUUAAAACACUGAAGACACUUAUCAAGGAGAUGAAGACACAAUCUGCGGCAGACAGGGUAACUUAUAGAGAACUAGUUCAUGGUUAUGUUCAACCAGCGUUGGAAAAUGAGAUGUGUGUGUUCUUUCUUAAUGGAUCUUGUAAUCGAGGUGAUACAUGCCAUUUUUCUCAUUCUUCUCGUGCUCCAAGACCAAUAUGCAAGUUCUUCCUCACAUUACAGGGUUGUCGAAAUGGUAACUCGUGUUCAUUUUCACAUGACUCUGGCUCUUUGGUUUCUUCAUCUAUCACAUCUGGAAUCUGCUCUCAGGAAAACAGAGCUACUUCAGUAUGUUGUAAAAGGUUGCUGCCUGCUGCUGGUGAUGGGCAUAUUCUUGUCAUGAAUGAUAAAAGUUUACAGUUCGCUUGUAAACUUUGUAACUAUUAUGACCCCACUAAGAUUAUUGCCUGUACACCUGGUCCUCAUUCAUUCGAGUCUGAUUCAGUGACUAAGGGCCUCAAGAUUCUACAGAAUUUGGCUGAUCCCUCUUAUCUAUUCAUUGGAGGUGAACAUAAACUAUCAGUUCCAUGGACAAAAUUGAGUCGAGUAUUUUGGUUUGCUGAUAUUGAUUCCAACGAAUCAAUUAGCGAGCAAGUUGUCUUGCAGAAGUUUUUCCAGCAUAUUGCCAUCAAGACCUUGUCAGAAAAGAUGUCAGAUUUGCAGGUCAUCGUGAUCAUGAAUAACGCAAAAUUUGUUCAGUUACAGGUCGAAAGAUUGGCAAGAGAGUGCUUCUUAUUUCUGGGUGAAUCAUUUAUGUUUGAUGAAGCAACUCUUGGAUGGUUCUCGGAUACCCCUAAUUACCCGAGAGGGAUGCAAGUAUCAGCACCAGUUGCUUACAUCUUUAGCAUGCAUCCUCCUACUGGCAUUCAGUUUGGUGAUUACGCAUCAGAACUGCGCAAAGUUUUAUACAGCAACUAGUUAGACCAUUAUAGGUUAUUUCCACAUGUGAAUAGCUUUGGUCAAGCCAUUUUGCGAACUGUAAUUUUUUGGUCAGUUCAGCUUUUACAGAAGUGUAAGGCUUACUUGAGUGCUAUCUGAAUUAGAAUUCACUAGGGAACUUUAACUGAAGGGAUGCUGUUUUAAAUGUUGGUUCCGAACUUAAAUUGAUGCCAAAUUUCCUGAACUGAAAGCUUGUUAUGUUAAUGUGCAAUCCCUUAUCAUUC